AUGUCUAUUGAAGAAAUCGCUCGUACAGUGAAACUAUAUGCCCAUUCGAAUCGUAGCAAUCCAGAUUUUUUCCGAUUAAUCGAAAACGAACUUUUUGAACGAGAAUUAGACGUUGUAAACUACAGAGUAGUAGGUACACUUUUGGAAGGAUUUUCACAUUCAAAUUUAGGUUCUGCAACUUUAUAUAAUUCACUUGCAAAUACCAUAAAAAUUGCCUAACAUGAAAUUCAUCCUUUAGAAUUGGCAAAAUAUGCCUUUUAUUUUAGUAAAACUAAUGAAAAUAUAAAAGGGGGAUUCGGUGUAUAUAAAAUAGCUGAAGAUAAAUUAAAAAAUAUUUUAGAAGUGACUGAUUUUGAGGAUAUUAUUAAAAUUGUAAAAUACUUUGUUUCAUAAAAUAUCGGAAGUAAUGCCUUUUUAGAAUUAGUGGAGAAAUCGUUGAUGAAAUAAUAUCCAGGAAAUGAUAUGGGAGGUAUUCCACCCGGCUAUUUAGUUAAAUUAAUCAAGUAUACUUCAAAACAUUACUUCUAGUAUAAUGAUAAGGCUCUUUUUCAUAAAUUAGAAGCUGAUGCCAUUAAAUUAAUACCUUUUUUAACUUCUUAGUAGGUUUUGACUAUUCUUUGGAGUUACUCGAGGGCAAGAAGAGGAAGUUUAGACUUAUAUAAAAAACUGGAAGAAAGAAUCCUCGAAAUUGGUAUAGAAAAAUUCUAAUCUCAUUACUUAGUAAAGAUUCUUACAGGAAUGAACAUACGAAACGCUUUUUAAAGCCUCAACGAACAGCUUUUAACUCCCAUACUAAAAUACAUGAAAAGCCAAAUCGGAAAAUGCAAAUAUUCAGAAGCUUUAAAUUUCCUUUAUACACUAGUAGAAGUUCCACCAUAUCAUUUAAUUAAUGAAGAUGGCUAAAGAAGAAAUAUUUAAGAAGAAUAUGAUAAACUUUUUGUAGAGUUUGAAUAUUCCUACUACAAAAAAGCACAAUACAAGUACAAAAUAGACGAAACUUGUUAAAUUUAUUAUGCUUUUUGUUAAAAUAAUUUCGGGUCUUCUUCGGAAUUUUUGUCAUUUAUUGAAUAAUAAUUAACUCCAACUUCAAUUCCAAAACCCUAUUUUGCAAAAAUAAUAUAUUCAUUUACACAACAUAUGAAGUUUUCACAAGCUUUACCUCUAAUACCUAUAAUAAAAGAAUUAAUGAAAUAUGGGGAUAUUAAAUACUUUUUUUCACAUGAAGAUUAUAUAAGGAUUUGUUGGAGUUCAUUACUUUUAGAACAAACUAUUAAAAAUAGUUAAGAAAUCGAUUAACAUGAUGAAGACACGGCCUAUUUAAAGAAUUACUCGAAAAAGUGA